GCAAGUGAUCUGCCCUUCCACAGCCUUGGACACGUGCAGACACUGGGUGUGCGUGUAUGUGGGUGGGGGAGUGGGAGGGAGAGCAACACGCGCGCACACGCACAUGGCAGCACGACAAAGCAACAGCAGUCACGCCAGGGGAGUUGCUAGGGGGCGGCACGCAGAUCCGCAGCGUGCAAACUGCUGCCAGCUUCCUUCCUUCCCCAUCCCCAGGCGGCACUGUGCUGAUCUGUGGUCUGUAGUCAAUGAUCAUUGUUGAUUGAUAUUUUAAUGCCUUUUAUUUCAAUUAAAAUGCAUGCUCUAGAGUGUUGUUCUACAAUAGAAGGAGCGUGAGCAGUGUUGUGUAGAAUCCUAGCCUUGCAAUAGUUAAAGAUGUCAAGUUUCGGAGGGGUAGCCCUGUUUGUCUGGAACUGUAAAAAGCGACAAAGAGGCCUGUGGCACCUGGUAGACUAAUACAGGUACUGGAGCAUAAGCUUGCCUGGGUGAAUACCCACUUCCUCAGACCUCUGUUAGUCUAUAGGGUGCCACAGGACUCCUUGUCGAUCGUUAAAGGUGUCAUUCAAGGGGUGUUUUCAUUUUAAAAAAAAGUUGUAUUCUUCCUCCCCAGGAUUUUAUAACUUGGUCCCAAAAUAUUAGUUUUGAGCUAAAAUUGGGUCUUAUGGGGUUACAGUCUAGAGUAAAGCCAGACAUAAUGGUCUUCAAUUACCCAAACACAGACUGUUUUGAAGAUCCUAUCAGGACUUGGUUUGGAAUAAAACAUAAUAUAAUAAUCUCUGCGCCACAAGCAAUUGUUUCUUGGAACAGGCGAUUCUGGAUGCUUCUUUUGAUUACUCAGUCCUAUUAUUAGUCCUGUGUGAAAUCCUGUUCCCCUUGCAGUCAAUGAGACUUUUGCUAAUGGCUUCAAUAGGCCCAGGAUUUCAUUUCAUUGUUCACUGAAUACUGUGACUCAUAAACAAAUCUUAUGACAUUGGUUCUUGAGAGACCUUAUGAAACCUUAUUCCUAUGAAUUGUCAUAAAUUGUUUUUUGUGGAAAACAAAAAGCAGCUAGGAACGGAAUACUCAGAGCUUCUAGUGUAGAAGAAAGAAGUUUAUGUUGUCUCUUAUGUUUUAACCCACUUCAGCAGACUAUACUUCGGAGCUACCAUGAUAUGAGGAUGACACAGAGUGGGCUAUGGAGACUCAUGCUAUGGAAUCUGGUAUGUGAGGAUGACUGGAAAACCCCCCUGACUACCUCCUUGUUUUUUGUGGGGGUGCUUAUUGGAUCCUUUAUAUCAGGACAGCUCUCAGACAGGUUUGGCAGAAAGAAUAUUCUCUUUGCAACCAUGGCAGUGCAGACUGGAUUCAGUUUUGUGCAGAUCUUCUCUACCAGCUGGGAGAUGUUCACAGUGCUGUUUUUUAUAGUUGGCAUGGGACAGAUCUCGAACUACGUGGUGGCCUUCAUUCUGGGCACAGAAAUUCUUGGCAAAUCAGUUCGUAUUAUAUUCUGCACAUUAGGAGUUUGCACAUUUUUUGCAAUUGGCUACAUGUUGCUGCCACUAUUUGCUUACUUCAUCAGAGACUGGCGGAUGCUGCUACUGGCUCUUACUGUACCUGGGGUGCUCUGCGUUCCACUGUGGUGGGUCAUUCCUGAAUCUCCCCGGUGGCUGAUCUCUCAGGGAAGAUUUAAAGAGGCAGAAAUCAUCAUCCGAAAGGCUGCAAAAACAAAUGGCAUUGUAGCCCCAGCUAUGCUGUUUGACUCCACAGAGAUGCAGGAUAUGAAGCUUCAGCAGCAGCAGCAGAAGGCAUACAUUUUGGACUUGUUCAGAACCCGAAACAUUGCAGUUAUCACUGUUAUGUCAUUGUUGCUGUGGAUGUUAACAUCAAUUGGUUACUUUGGACUGUCACUCAACACUCCCAACUUGCAUGGAAAUGCCUACAUCAAUUGCUUCCUCUCAGCCAUUAUUGAAGUUCCAGCUUAUGUGAUUGCCUGGCUGCUCCUCCGAACCUUGCCUCGGCGGUAUUCCAUAUCUGGCACCUUGUUCUUAGGGGGAGGGGUUAUUCUCUUCAUUCAGCUGGUGCCUACAGACUUACACAUCCUGUCUGUCUUCCUGGUGAUGCUGGGGAAGUUUGGGAUCACAUCCGCAUUCUCAAUGCUUUAUGUCUACACUUCUGAGCUCUACCCAACAAUAGUAAGAAACAUGGCAGUUGGAGCUACUUCCAUGUCCUCCAGGGUGGGCAGCAUCAUCGCUCCUUACUUUGUUUACCUUGGUGCCUAUGACAGAUUCCUGCCUUACAUUCUCAUGGGAAGCCUGACUGUGCUGAUAGGGAUCCUUACCCUGUUUCUCCCAGAAAGUUAUGGAAAUCCUCUCCCUGAGACCUUUGACCAGAUGCUAAGAGUAAAAGGAUUCAGAAACAGACAACGCACCAACCAUGUAAGGAGUUCAAAGGAGAUUGAAGACUCCAAGACUCAGAUAACACCGCUAUGAUUAGGCUCUGCAUCUCCUGAUGGGCUGGAAAAAGAACAAGUACUGCUCAAUGCAUUUCCUACCAGAAUAAAACCUGGGGUCAAAACUACUGGUGCCACAUAGUUAUGAACCUACAAUCUCCAGUACUAUUGUACUAUAUAUAGUGCUGUGAAGAUGCCAUUUACUUCCAUAGGAUUCCCCAUAGUUUAUCCUCAGUGACCUGAUUUUCAGAGGUUUCAGUCAGCUGUCGCUUCUGUUUAAGUAGGAAGCUAUGAGUGCUCAGCACCCUCUGAAAAUCAGGUUAUAAGAGAGCAUUAGGAGCAGUCACAGCACUGACUCAAUGGAAUCUUGCACUCAAAAGCUGCUUAAACGUGAACUGAAAUACCAAAGUAAAAAAUUAGUUCAAGAUUCUAACGCCGGUAUUUUCAAAUGAGAACUAUUUCAAAGUCUUAACGCUUAAAUGAACAUUACAAAAAAAGUUAGAACAAUAUUAGAUGAAGAGUCAAAUGACAGCGCUGCUUGCAGUGCAAUACACUUUAUACUUAUGCUGUUAGUUCAUGCACUACAGGCUUUCGAACAAAUACUGCGCUAGAAGAAAACAGUGUUAUAAUGCUUUCUUAGCAAAAAGAUAUUUUAGUUGCAUACGUACUUUCUGGCCAAAUGAAAUCUGCCUAGCCUGCCGGAUUGAUGAUGGUUAAUCAUUAUUCAGAAGGUGACAUUCCCCUACUGCGCACAGGAUCAGCAAAAGGAGUAUGCACCAGUUAAGCCUCAGUCUGGAAGCUUAAGGGGGAUUUGAGUGCUGUUUGUCUUGUGUAGGCCCUUGGCACAGGAGUGAAUUUCACCUUAGUAAGUUUAAACAAAGAGAGAAACUUCAUAACCUCUCACCUACUUAAACUGUGUAACUGGCAUGCACUGCCAUCUGGGCUUCCUGAAGCUUUUUUGCUUUCAUGUGGAAGCCAGUUGUGGCUGAGACACAAGUGCAACACAGCACAUCAGUAAUGAUAGAGAAACAGUCGUUUAUGAAACUGAAUCUAUCAGGCAAAGGUAUUCAAACAGAAAUUAAAUUGAAGUGCAUCAGACUGUGUGUUUCAGGCGUAAAGACUCUGGCUUUGAAAAUCAAACCUUUAUUUUGCAUAAAUGGUUUGGCAUAUUGAUAAUGUAGCGCAAGGCGGCCAUUGUCCUGGGCCAAGGUUCUGUUCAGUUGCUGCUAUCUCAUCUCUUUUCAGACAGUGUUUUCUUCAUAAGGCAUUUGCAAUAUUUAAAGAUUUGAUAUAGCUGAUUUUUUUUUAAUAUAGAGGAAAUUCCCUUUGGUAUAACAUGUAGAAUAACUGUUUAGAUUACUUCAGUUACCAUUUUCAUCAAACCCUUGAUAUUAGCAUGGCAUAGAGCUGUUUACAUGAGAUGUGGGGAUUGGGCUAGGUAUAUUGUGGCCAUAUUUUUAUGAAGAUACUUUCUAUAAAAAAGGUGAUACGUAUUCUCUUUGAUGUGAUCAGAGACUUGGAUAUUUCUGAAACCAGUUGAAAUAUUUUUAUACUCUUGUAACUUCUUAGGGUCACAGAAAACUUAAUUUUGCAUGUUUUUAAUUAAAAUAAAAAACAAGUUUGUCUAUGUUUUUGACAGCUUGUGUUUAUCAGUCCAUUUCCCAGCCCUGUAGCACUGAUACCUCUCAUAUAGUUUAAGUAUUAGCAGCUUUAAUUUUUAAUGAGACUGUUUUUGACAUUAGAGGACUGUACUCAGAAGAUUGUGAAACUGUUAUAACAAGGACUUUAAAUUGUGUCUAAACCUAGCAAAAAAGGAGUUACUUCACCUGAUGGAGCAUUUGCAAGGAGGCUUUCUGUCUUCUGAUGAAUCUCUCCCAGGUUUGAACAGUGAUGUCUGAAGAAAUCCCUCUAUGGAGGGAUCAAGAGGGGCAAAAAGUCCAGUUUCUGGCACUAUUAUUAUUUUAUUUAUUUCUUCUAAAAUGGUAAAGCCUCCCUAAGAGAAUUGCAUAGGCUUAAAAUGCUGCUGGACAAGUUUUAACAUACACUUGAUUUUGCCUAGCACUGCAGUCCUCAUGAUAAGUUGUCUGCCUCUCAAAUACAGCUUUGAUUAUAAAAUUUUUCAGAUAAGUUAUAAGUUGGGGCUCAAUAUGGGAGCUGUAAAUUUAUGAGCAGUCAGGGUACCACUUGUAAAGCAGUGCUUUGGGGUUGGGGAAGGAGAGGACUAUUCCCAUUGAUUUUGCUGGGAGUUGUAUUAUUCCUCGUGUGCCCUGAUAAUCACAUAUGCCCUGCUGUGUCUGUAUUAUCUAUCCUCAGCAAGGUCUGAAGCUGGCUUAUUGGAGCUGCUGAAGUAUAGACGAAAAUGUGGCAGUUGCCAUUAGCUUGUUUUUCUUUAUUAUAAUAAAAAUGUGCACUGACCUAUUAUAUAACCUAUUUUAUCUGUGGACUGUAACUGAAAAGAGUGAAGUCUCCUAUGUGUUUAAAAUUUUGUGAAAGGAAGUCUCUUUCUUUAAGACAUUGACUAAAUUAUGUUUCAGUAACUGGCUAUCAUAGUUAUGAAUCUGUUUGAAUAGGCUCAUAAGGUGUGUGUGUGUGGGGGGGAAAUCAGGGCC